AUGUCCGGGGUUCAGCUACCUGCGCAGCUCGAAGCUGCUGACCGCAUCCCAAUCGCUCGAUUGAGCCCCGACGUUCAGGAGCCGAAGACGUGCGCAGUUCGGGGUGUGGUCACAAUCACCUGGCCUUACAGUAUCGUCAAGAAGACGAUUGCAUUUCUCCUCGCCGAGCCUGACUUUCGACUACGUCGUGCCAAGGGACAAGUGCGCGUUGAGUUUGGCGGAUCGAGCGCCAAAGCUGUUGCCGAGGCAGCUCUUGGAAGUGGCGAUGAGAUUACGCUGUCACUUGAAGGAGUUGAUUUCGUUGUGGAUGAGCCUAGAACGCAUGUCCCUGGGAUGAGCUUGGAGUGGCAGUUGAGGUUUACGGAGAGAUUACUCCUUCAGGCCAAAAUCAGCGACUCUGAAGAUGUGAAGGUCGUCAAUGUCGACCACCCCACUCAACCCGAACCAGAUACCGAACUCGAGCUGCCACAGUCGGUUUCCGACCCGUUUAUAGACAGAGAGCAGACACCUGAGAGAACAGUAACCUCGUUUACACCUUCGAGUAAGAGGCCUAUCAACGAGAGCCUUGGUGCGGACGAAUAUCCCUCUCCCGCAUUUCUCAAACGCGCCCGCAUCUCAUACGGGUCUCUGUUCGAGGACGGUGUGGGUGUUUUCGACGAAGACAUUGGAGCCAAAGCGCGCGCAAAGAAGAGGACAAAAACUGGCCGAUACAGCGGUGUCUGGAGAUACACCAGUCAAUCACCAAGCCCCGAGCCAGAGGCGCGUGAAGUUUCAGAAACCGAGGACACGCCUAAGAUAGAGUCGCCAGCGAUAGUCACGCCUUCGCGGCCAAAGAUGGUCGAUGACGGAUGUCAAACGAUCGAGCGGGACGUCAGCCCCCUCAGAGAGGUGCAGGUUAUUGCGGAGGCUCGCCAAAGUCCUUCGUACUGGCGUAGCCCUUCCAAAAUGACCAUGGUCGACUCGGCGGUCCAGUCUGAUUUACCUCUUAGUCCAAAUGUCGAGUUGUCGCCCGGUCUGGCAUUUGGACAACCUGCGCCUAUACCCCUGUUCACCUCGGCGCAUGAGCCGUAUGCGCCAGCCUUUCAUCAACCACCUCUUAGUCCAGUUUUUGGCCAUGGCGACGAAGGAAGCAUGGAACCGCAUUAUGAUGCUGAAGAGCCAUUUCACGAGCACCGGAAUGCGUAUCCUGAGGCUGGACUUGACCACGUUCUCGAUGCGCAUGACUAUCCGGUGUCUCUUCUCGAAGACCCCAACACUGCAUCACAUACUGCUGCCACACCGCAAACUACCUCCGAGCCAAUACCCGCUUACCAUAACCAUCAGCAACAGCAAAGUCUUGAAGGGGAGCACCACACUGUCGUCAUAGAGGGGAUUGCCCAACCCCAGCAAGUUCCUUGGGGUCUCACAUCCGCACACUACUCCGGCUCGUCUGUUGUAUCCGGAGAGCCUGUAUUUGAAGGGCAACAGGCUGGGCAGCCACCUAAAACACGAACCGGACCCCGCGAUAACUGGGUAGAAGAUCGCGGGGGGCAGGCCAAAAUAGACGACGAGAACUCCAAAGGUGAGCAGGUAGCCCUGGAAGCGGAAGGAGGUAUGGCCUCAGAAGACGGGGAUGGUCUCCAUGAAGAGCCCACUUCGGUUUCGUAUGCCGAAAGGCACUUCCAGCCUACUGAGAACGAAGCCACAGCAGACGAGCAAGGCAGCAGCAGCAGCAGCGGGAGUAGCAGCGAAGACAGUGAAGAGGAAGCUGAGCACGAAGUAGACGACGCCGGUGGAGACUACGACAUCACCAACUACCGCAAUCUGAGCAAUAAUCAGGACGAUGACAACGGUACAGAUCUAGAGUCGGACUAUGGUCAAGAGGCAGAGGAAGAAAUGCUUGAGCCUGGGCUGCAGGGCAAUGAAGAAGAUGAACCGGAGGAGGCUAUCGAAGACUAUGGAGAAGAAUAUGAUGAAGACGAGGGCGAGGAUGAUGACGAGGAGGAGGAAGAUGAGGGUGAAGAGGAGGAUGAGGACGAGGACGAGGACGCGGAGAACCACCACCCGCCUACUGCAUCACGAGGGGGAGCGCCGGAGGUCAUCAGUCUGCUUUCGGAUUCUGAGGAUGAGGACGAGGCCCCACCACCUCGCCCUGCUCCCGUUCAACAGCGGCAGAUCCCACAGUCCGACGGGUCCACUGAUGAGGUGGAAGACGAUGAUCCCUAUGACAGGGAGGAAAGCGAAGCAAAGUACGACAGUCAUGAAGACGAUCAUGAAGAAUCCUCUGAGUCGUUGGAUGGAGAGAGUGAAGAGGAAGUGUCCCAGUUUGACACGCCGACUCCAAAGCCGAGGCCGACGUCCUCGGGGCCUGCGUACGAUGCUCUGGAGUUAACAUCGGCUACAGUUGGUGACGAUCUCGAGGCGAUGAGCCCCAUCAAGCUACCACAGGCCACAGACGUCUCUAGAAGCUCGUCUCGGCCCAGCUCCCGGGGCGACUCGGAGAUGCUUGCAGCGGAGUUGGAAGAGGAGUUGGAGAAGGAGUUGGCCGUGGACAAUCCCAACAGCGAACAGCAAGCACUGCAGCUGGAAGACCCUUUGGACGUUCGAAUGUCAGAAGUGGAAGCCGUGCCAUCUGCAAAAGUUGUCGCCGACGUCAAUGCGAAAAAGCAGACCCCACCAUACGAAGAGGUUAACAACAUCAGGGAUUCUGAGGUACAGAAAGAAGAGCCCCCGUUUCAGCCCGACAAGCCGGUCAACGAGGGCAGACAUACGCUGGAAGUAAAGACGGAUGCAGAGGCUGAAGUCCCGGUGGCCGAAGAUGCUGGAGCCUUGGCCAACCAAGACUUUAAGGCCACAGUGGAUGACGAUCAGGACCUUCCAUCCGACCCAGCUGCGGAGGAAGCCGAAGUUCAAAGGACACCGAGUCGGUCAGCAGCCGACAUCGACAGUGACUGCCAAAGCCAGGUCGAAGGAUCCCGUUCAUGCGACUUGGUCGAGAAUGAAGUCGACCUACAAGAAACGCCGAAAGGGUCAGAUGUUGUCAUCGCCGAGACUCAAAGGUCACACACAGAGUCUGACAAGGAGAUGCAAGCUAACAAUGAGGGUCGAUCGACACCAAAUGCUGCAUCCAAUUCUGGCAAGGUCAUGGAUAUGCAUACGGAAAAGGCUCAAGCCGUUGAAGUCGACGACCAGAAGUCGGUCAAGGAACAUGCGCCAGAUCUGAUCGAAACCGAGGCGGCCGAUACCAAUGCCGAAGAGACAACAUCUCUCAAAGAUGACCAAGAUAUGGACUUGGAACAGGAAGCGGAUGUAGAGAGCAAGGUCGAGGCAGCAGUGGCCACGAUCGUCCACGAUACUACUACCAUCGAGGUUGACAUGGAGUCUGCUGAUGGAGACUCCCGUGAUCCUACCGACGUUGACAUGGCCGACACAGAAGCAAUGUCCGUUGAAGAGGCCAGUGAUCAAGCCUCCGACAUGGACAUGGAUGAAAUGACCGAAGAGCAGCUAAUCCAAAGCCAGCUGCAGGAGGAGACGUUCAUGUUCGAGCAUCAGACAGUCACCAACACAAUCACGAUAACGCAGGAGGCUGGGGAGCGGACAGUUUUGCAUGAGGGCAAGACUGCCGAUGAUGCCAAUCCUGCAUCAGAAACAGAGAUUAUCGAGACAUCGCGGAUGAGGAUGGAGACUUUCGUCGCCAAGCCCAUGGUCAAUGGCGAUGAGCGCUUUCUUGAGACUGCGCCCGAAGACGAAAUGGAUGUGGAUGAGCUGAAUGACGCAAAGUCGAUGGAAUUGGCAUCGCCUCCUCCAACGGAACAGUUCCAGUCGCAGUCUCUCGAGGCGGUCAAGCCUGGUAAACAGACCUCGCAAGCCAGCGACCAACUCAACAUGCUGGAGGGUGCUCUGCAACUUGUCACUCCAGGCGGAACACAACAGAUUGAAGGCGCCUCGCAGCUGUUCGUCGAGACUCAGCUCCCAGAGGUACCAGAGGCCAAUACCAAAGUCUCGGUGCCAGAAAUUGACGAUGCUCCGUCACAAACCCAGUCCACUGCGCCAGAGGACAAAACGGAAUCGCAUGGCCAGGAGAUACCGGAGAACCAGGCGACAUCAUUCACGACCCCGGUCCAAUCUCGAGAAACAAUCGAACGUACACUGGAGGCAUCAAAUGAAGCUGAUGCGACUUCACCUACUAACGACGAGUCAUCAUCACAAGUCCGAGACUACUCGGCGCAACCGUCCGAGGUGCAGUCACCUCUUAUCGCCGAGGACGUCUCGGAGGAAGUCAACGCCGCACAACCAUCUCCGAGGCGAGGGCGCGGACACCGAAGAGACAGGUCGGACAUCGCUCGCAAGGAUCAUGAUCCUAGCGUUAAAGUGGGACGUGCAUCCAUCGCAUCGCGACGGUCGACGCGCCUAUCAGACCGCACGACCCCUGACAGCACGCGGGUUACCCGUGCCAGAUCACAGAGCCUGGCCGUAAGGAGCGAUUCGCCGGAUGUUGAAGAUGAUAACGUGCAGCUCGCCAAGAUCGCCCUUAAGUCGCCGUCGCGGGCUCCUAGGACGAAGUUGCCAAAGGAAAAGGAGGCUAUCAAGCACGAUGAGGCAAAAGAGCUCAAGGAGAAGGAGAGGGCCAAAUCGAAGGAAACCGAAGGGGAGGAGCCUCCCAAAGAGGCCAGCGAGCAGAAGACGCCUGCCGAGUUCAAAGCGCAGCUCACGAGGUCGCUGCGCGCCAACGUUCCCGACUGCAUAUCGCUCAAGGUGCUCCGGGGUUAUCCAGGCAAGGCCGUGGACGUGUUGGCGGUUGCGACGACAGAGCCGCCCGAGGGUAAGCGCGCCAAGGGAGGCCCGCGGGGGAUCAUGCUGGCGUUCAAUGUGACGGAUCACUCUAUUGCGCCCUCGCAGACGAUCUUGGUACAGAUUUUCCGGCCGCAUAAGACAGCGCUGCCUGUGGUACAUCCAGGCGACGCGAUUCUGCUGCGUAACUUCAGUGUCAUGACCCUGACGAGCCGUGGCUUUGGACUCCGAGCCAACGACGGCUCCAGCUGGGCCGUCUUUGAGCACAAGAGCCAGGAUGAUCUACCGCAGAUUCGGGGACCGCCGGUGGAGCUGACAGAUGGGGAGACGUCGCAUGCGGCUCUGCUGAAGCAGUGGUACAAUGGCCUAGAUGCAAAGUCGCUUGCGCGGUUGGAUAAGGCCAACGUGACGGCGCCUAUUGGCAAUUGA